AUGGGAGAGAAGACAGACGAACCAUUCCUACGAUUGUGGGAUGCUGCAUUUGACGAUGAUGAAAUGAAAGUGUCCAUGUUGUUAGCCAUGGGAGAGGAUGUUAACCAACAGGACCCAGAUACUGGGUCCACCCCCCUGUACAUUGCUGCCCAGUGCGGAAAUCUGAAGGCCAUCAACGUGCUGAUCAGUAGCGGGGGUGCAGACAUCAACCUGGCAAAAAAGGACGGAGCCACCCCCCUGUGUGCUGCUGCCCAGUACGGUAAGAAUGAAGCUGCGCUGGCUUUGAUAGAAGCAGGAGCAGACUCAGAGACUCCGAGAGAUGGGGAUGUCGCCCCUCCCCUUCACAUAGCUGUGAUCAAGAACAACAUGGAGAUGGUCAUGACCUUAGUGGAUGCUGGGGUCAAUGUCAACCAAAGGUGGAAGGAAGGAAUCACCCCUCUGUUCACAGCUGCCAAGUUUGGGUACUCUGACAUGGUUCGGCUGCUCAUCAAGCUGGGGGCAAACAUCAACGCUGCAUCAAAGAGAGAGGGUGGUGCCACGCCCAUCUGUGCGGCUGCCCAGUUUGGUCAGCACAUGGUGGUCAACAUCCUGGAGAAGGCUGGAGCAGACAGACGGCCAGCCGAGGCACUGGGCUUCCUGUAA